AACAUGUUUGUUUUGCAGAGGUCGACUCGGGUUUUUUUCCCCUCCUGUCUUUCUUUCCUGUUUUUUACGUGAAGCCCAGCAGGAUGAGGCCGACGCUGAUGCUGAGGCUGAUGAUGCUGAUGCUGCCGAUGCCUCCUCACCUGAGCCUUCGCACGGGAUCGUUUUGUAUCGUCGCAUUGGAUCGCACCGCGGUUUUCGCUCCGAUCUCGCGCCGGCCCGCCAACAGCCUGGCUCCCCGCUGUUUAUCAUAAAAAAUGGAAGAGCUCUCACGUCAGGACGAGGCGUCAGUCCGGCCGAUGUGCGUCUGAAUUACUGAUUUUUCAUUUACGCAUCAGUUGACACAUCUGUGCGAAGACAUUUUUAGCCCGUUCGACUCUCUCUCUCUCUCUCUCACACACACACGCACACGCAGACAGCUGUGUCAUCAACCACCGGCGUGGUUUUGUUGUUGUCUGAUUUUUUUUACGAGCCCGGGCGGGCGACUGGAUUUCGGCACCGUCUGCAUCUGCGCCAAGACGAACUCUGCUCUGCUCCAGUCAGCAAGGUGAGCUGGAGGAGGAGGAGGCCGCCCGCGCCCAUCGUCUCCUUCUCCCAGAGUCCUCCUCUAUACCAUGAGCUCUGGCUCGGCCCAGGAUGUGGCAGUCGAGCAUUUCCUGCGUGACAUAGAGAGGCGAAGCAAGCGGCUACACUGCGCUGUGACCGGGUGUGAGGAGGGGAGACCCCGCAGCGACAUGAACCUCCUGUACCGUAAGAGCCGCCUGGACUGGAGGCAGAGGGACCAGGAGGGGAGCAAAAAGAGCUCCUCUCAGAACGACCCCUCAGCGACGGUCGGUAAAGUUCGCGACUUGGCUUCUUUCCGUCGACAUUUCCGAAUGGGAUUCAUGACGAUGCCGGCGUCCCAGGACCUUUCCCCUCACACCUGUGCCUCUGCCAUGGCGCCGCGCUCGCAGUCCUGCCAUGCCGUCGGCGCCGGGGACACCGGUCUGGAGAACGGAGAUUAUUCCGACACCCAGUCCCAACACGGGGGGCGCUGUCCCCCAGCCAAACCCAAACGCCAUCCGAGCACUCGCCUCAGCUCCUCCUCCUCCGACGGCAGAGGACCGCCGGAUUCGAUGCCCCCCCCUCCGCCCUCUCACUCCCAGUCCAAACACUCAGAGAAGAAGAACUCCAUGAAGAAGUCCGACUCUGGGGACGUCGGAUCUAAGAAGGUGCCUCCCCUGAAACCUAAGAGAAGUCCCAGUACCCAGCUGACCUUUGACCCUCUGCCUCCACGUGUGCCUCACUCUUCCACGUCCCUGCCUUUCCACGCUGCAGACUCCCAGAUACAGACAGGAGAGGGCGACGACGAGCCGGUCUAUAUCGAGAUGGUGGGCCAAGUGUUCACCAGAGAGAGCCAGACGGCCACCCCCCACCCCGUCACCCCGGUGGCCACCACGCCGGACUCUGACUCGGACCAGAGUGAGGCCAUCUAUGAGGAGAUGAAGUACCCCCUGCAGGAGAACAGGGAGUCCCACAGACACCUCCCCCACAAACAGGACAAACUGAAAUCUUCCAAACACUUCCACGUCACUCCCUCCUCCUCCUCCGUCAGCUCUUCAUCUCUGCCACGCCCGUCCUCUUCCUCGCCGUCCUACUCCAAACCCAAAGCUGCUGUGUCCAUCACCCAUUCGUCUCCGCUGCCUUCUUCUGCGUCCACCACGCCCGUCCCCCAGGUCCUCUCCACCAGCCCCCACACCCCACGUGCCCCCACUCCGUACCUGCUGCCGGGGAGUAAAUCGGAGGCCGAAGCCAACACCAAGAUUCCCGCUCCUUUCCCGAACCUUCUGCAGCAUCGACCUCCGCUGCUAGCCUUCCCACAGCCCGCCGCUGCCUCCAGUGGAGUCGGAGUUCAAAAUAAGGCGUCGUCAUCGGGGAAAAAUCAGACGUCCAGCGUAACGACUCAAGCCAGCAUGUCCUUCUCCGCCUCGUCCAACGUCCCCAUAUCCCAAGUGGCCUCAAAGGAGUCGUCGUCAGCAGGUGGCGCUCAGCAGGACAAACACAGCAGAGAGUUAGGUCCAGCCCCGGGGCUGAGAGCCAGGAGUCACUCCACGCCCCUGCCUCCUUCCUCCAAAUCCACCUCCCCUUACUCCCACCACCACCACCACCCUCACCACCGACCCUCCCACUACCAUCACUACCGUAAACCCGACAGAGGGGACUCUCCUGCUCCGACCAAAAGCAGCUCUCAGACCUCCACCCAGGCCACGGUCCAGACCCAGACCUCAGGUUCUGGCAGGGAGGGCAAGUCUGUGAGCUUCCUCCUGAAGUGCGACAAAGGAGAGAGGGACAAAGACAAGGACAGAGACAAGGAGAGGGACAGAGAUAGAGAUAGGGAGAGGACCAGAGACAGGGACCGAGACAAGGACAAAGAAAAGGACCGGGACAGAGACAGAGACAGGGACAGGGACAAAGACAGGGAAAAGGAGAGAGACAGGGACCGUGACAGGGACCGGGACAGGGACCGCGACAGGGACCGGGACAGGGACCGGGACAGGGACGGACCCCACUCCUUGCCGAUGGACACCGGUCCAGCCAGCAGCAGCCAAACGUCUAUAAGCAGCACCAGCUCCACCCCCACACCCUUGUCCUCGUCCCAUCGUCCUCAUUCUCGUCCUCAUCUGCGCUCCCACACCCCCCAUGGCCUGCCGGCCUACAAGCCCCCGACCUCGGACAGCCCCCUGCUCUGGACCUACCCCUCCGGUGGCUUCAGAAGACCCCCAGCUUACGAGAGCCUGAGGGGAAGCUCCGGGACACCGUCCCUGCUGCAGCCGUCCAGUCUGACGGGCGUCGGCGAGGGGGCGUCCAAAAGUAACGGAGGGUCUUCGUCUCAUCAGUCCAAAACCGGCUUCAUGCCCUGGGACAGCAGUGCCAACCUGUCGGCAGACGAGAGUUCCUAUUGGCCGAUGCAGAGGAAGUUGUCGUUCAGCCACGGCAGCAGAGACGCAGAAGAGGAGGACGGUCGUGCCUGGAAUGGAAGCGCCGACGCCCUGUUACGGAUGGACAAGGAGGAGCUGGGCCUGGGCUCUCGAGGAGGACCCUCAGGGAUCCCGGUCCACUUCGGGGGGGCCAGCAGUCGGGCCCUGGGCCACACUGAGUCCUUGGCUGGGGCAGACAGCGGCCUGGGAUUCAGAGCAUUACCACGAGUAGGGCUGCCCCUGCCCUGCCAGACCUUCCCUGCCUGUCGCAACGGAGAAGUGGGGCGGCUGGGCCGCUCCUCCUCCGCCGCCGGAGGCAGACAGGUGGGUGGAGGAGACGUCCAGAGACAGAGCAGCCUACCGGCACGGGAGGCCCUGAGUCAGAUCCACGGUCUGGCGCAGCCUCAGCCCCCCUGCAGUCCCAGCAGCCCCAGCGUCUCGCGGCAGCAGCAGCAGCUUCAGCUCCACCAGCAACAGCUGCAGAUAAAGCAGCAGCUCCAGCAGCUCCAGCAACAGCACCACCUUCAGUUGCAGUUCCAACAGCUGGCCCAGCUGGCACAGGUACAGCCCACCAUGGGCGGGGGCGCCGCUCCGUCCACGACGCAGACCCAGAGGGACGGCAAACUGCUGGAAGUCAUCGAACGCAAACGCUGCCUGUGCAAAGAGAUCAAAGCCCACAGGCGCCCUGACAAAAGCCUGUGUAAGCAGGACAGCAUGCCCAUCCUCCCCAGCUGGAGACGGACACCUGAGCCCCGUAAGGCUGGCACGCCGCCCUGCCAGAGGCCGCAGGCGGUGGUGUGGGACACGGCGAUCUGAGGGGCCGAGCAAGGAAAGAGAGAGAGAGAGGGGGAGAGAAAACACACACGGUCGAGG